AUGAAUCGCUACUCUGAAUAUUCUACAUUUGGAACUUCUCCACUCUUUCCAGGUUCUGGGAUGCAACAAUCUAAGGCAAGUGAACUGAAUGUCUCUCGAAAUUGGUUACACUAUCUGCCUUUCCAGCAGACCUUUGCUCCCGUACCAAAUCCUGUUUCCACAGAGAGACUUCCUACAGCCCCUCUUGAAAGUUUCAGAGUGAAAGGAAGUCCUGACGCAGCCACUAGAACUGCUCAGAAGAAAUUCCUAGUUUUUGAUCAAUCUGGUGGCAAAACAACCUUGAUUUACAGUUCUGGGGUUGAAACUCCAGUUCAGUGUACGACUCUUUCGAGGCCAAAGCCUCCUGCCCCGUAUGUUUUGAAUGAAGAAGAGAUGCGAAGUACCAGAGCUCGUUUGGUGCCACUUAUGAAUGAUGAAUACAAUGAAAAUAACUAUAAACAUGACAAGAAAAGUGAGAUGCAUGAAGACACAGAAGAACUGAAUGCUUUGCUCUUCUCUGAUAGUGACAGUGAGAGUUCUGAGGAUGACGAAGAAACAAGCACAGGUCGUUCACCUCCUAGUACUAUGACCCAUUGUCGUGCACCUGUUUCGGUCAAAGACGGGGAUGUGCUUCGUUCUGCUGAGCCAACCAAAAGGCAGAAACUCUUACAUGCAGGUUAUGAUGUGCCACCACUUAUGCACACUGCAGGCUCUUUGAAAACCUACACAAGCUCUGAAUUGGAGGAUGACGCAGAAUCCAGUUGUGGCUAUGCAAAUGGUCAAGAUUCUGAAGAGUUGGGUACCGUAUCUGGUAAGAAAAGGUCUAGGGAAAAUAACGUACUUGAAACUGUGAACAUUCUGCAGAGGAUAGUUCCUGGUGGGAAGGGUAAGGAUGCAGUUGUCAUUAUUGACAAAGCAAUUCACUACUUGAGGUCCUUGAAGGCAAAAGCCAAGGUUUUAGGGCUUGAUACGCUCUGA